ACACGGGCCGUCCGUGCUAGGCUAUGGCCGUAUACAUCGACUCCUUAUCGCGCGCGCGUAUCUGCUUAUUUUUGUCAAAUGUACGCCAUAUUGUUUUAUUGUGCCCUAUUAUUUCACCAUAAAAAUCUUAGCUAUUUACAAUUUUCACAUUUCCGGCUUCCGUAGCAGAGGAAUACAACGAAUAUGAAAUUGGAAAAAAAAAUCCAUUCUGCCACGUUAAUGAGAGUGAGGAAAUUAAUUCGUGCUUAUUAUUAUUGUUUUACAAACGUUAUCAGCGUAGAUAAUUGUUUGAUUACAACAAUUUAGAUUUUAGUGGACUAUUCCGGUGGUUGAUGAGUGCGAUUACAUCGACUUUGCGCGAAAAAAGUGUUAUUGUUUUUUUUUCUCUUCGCUUCGUGUGGAGAAUUUACUUUACCUAGUGUUAUCUGUGCGUUUUGUGUGCCUGAAAUAGCUCGUUGAAAAAUAACCGUUUCAGAACAGUCGGUGUGUUUAAAAUUAGUGCAAUGUCUACGCUGAAAGUUAAAAAUAAGAUUGCAUUUCGUUUCAUUGUUUAACGAGGAACAUGUUGUAUUAUUUUAAUGAAAACAGUGUUAUGGACAUUUGUGUUUUUGUUAAGUUGAAGUGAUCGUUGUGUUGGAUUGCCUUUGCCUUAUUUGGAUUUUUUUAAAUCAUGGAGAAGCCAUCUUUCAAGUUGGUUGGCGCUCCGUGCGGCCAACACGGCCAGUACACAUUCUACAAGGCCAUCAGACUAACGAUAGGCGAAAAGGAGAAGAUAGUCGCUAUUGGCGACUUCUUUUUCGUCAGGAUAUGGCAGGACUCCGAGUUGGUGUCCGUGGGUGAACUGCAGCUGCUGUGGACGGACCGCGCCUCAGACCAGACCCUGGUCAGUCUGAGGCUAUACUUCCUCCCCGAGAACACUCCUGACGGCCGGAACCAACACGGAGAGGACGAAGUGCUAGCCAUCAACGACAAGGUCGUAGUCCGCGCCGAGGACCUGCUGAGCUGGGUGUGUGACGGCACAGGCUGGAGAUGGGGGCUGCGUGCCGUGUGGCGCGGGGCCUGCGCACCGCCCCAGGAGCCCCGCGCCACGCAGCCCCUGCACCAGGCCAAGAUGGACUUCAGCGACGUGGAGAGAGAGAAGAGUGCGCUAGUGGACACGGAAAGUCCAGGCGUGGUAGUGUUCUCGUACCCGCGGUAUUGCCGGUAUAGAGCGUUGCUGUCCCGCCUGGAGGGCAUCCAGGGGGACUGGCUGAGAGACUCGCUUGUGGCUGCGCUGGGGGGGUACGCCGCGCCUACUACCAACACUAGGAUAUUGUACUGCAAGGACACGUUCGAAUACCCCGAGCUGGAAGGGCACGAGUUUGUUUGCAACGAGCUGGCUCCCAAAAUGAAGGGCAGGCCGCGCGGACGGCGCCGGCACUCGCCUCUCCCCGCACACGACUCCAAUGAAUCCGACUCCGACGCGGCACAGGCACAGGUAACAACUCCACGUCGCGUGUCUUUAAGGAACGGUGGCGAGAAACAUUCCGGGGACGAAGACCACAGAGACACCGCGGAAGAUCGCGCGUUCCUCUCCCGGCUGAGGCAUUUCCAUAAGGAGAGUGACGAACCGACGCCGCUAAAAGAUUUAUCUCUUCGUUCGCUAUACGCGCGAGUGGUUUCCCGCGGCGGUUACGAGACCGUGUGCCGGCGCCGGCUGUGGCGCGCUCUAGCCUCACAGCCCACUCGAGCCAGGAACCACUAUGAGAGAUACCUCCUGCCGUACGAGAAACAUGAGUCACGAAAUGGGUCCCGUCUGCCCAACGGAAGGUUGGAGGAGCCCAGGACUGUGGUCACCAUAGAGCUCAGAGACUCGCCGCAUAGAGAAACCGGACCGCCCAAAGAAAAACAGACGGAGUAUACGGAGAAAGAAUUCACUGAGUGCAAGGAAGAACUCAACCUAGUCUCCAAACCGGCUGAGGAGUUGAACAGGGAAUUCUUGGAGUCGCUACCAAAGGAGGAGAAACCUUCACCGGACAAGAAUGCUCUCAAGAUUACGGUGAAACCAGUCGAGAAACUGAUUGAGCCAGCGAAGACAGAGUACGAUGAAAAAAGUGAUGUGAUAGUGAAACAACACAUAGUCAAAGACAAUAGUAGAGUGAAUAGUGUCGAUGGUGAUAAAAGACUGAGUGAUAUUAGUGUUAAAGUGAAUGAGGUGACGCAGAAAUUAGGCACCACAGAUUCCUGCUUCAUCCUUGGUGACUUGGUGAAGUCGCAGCCUCCACAGCAAGACUUCAGUACCAGUUCGCCCCUAGCCACUCUCUCUGCCUUAGGGGAUAAAUACAAUGGCCAUGACACUAGUCAAGACCAGAAGAGCAGUCGUCCGGUGGGCAGGAGCUCGCUGCGGGCGGUGCGCGUCAAGCCCGGGAAUCGAACCUCCAACCCCGCAGCCAGCACACCGCCCACGACGCUAACAAUGCCCGCGUCAGUCACCGUCGGAGUGGGGAUGGGUACAGUAACAGUCCCCAGCACGGGGGCGGGGGCGGGGACUGUCCCCAGCGCGGGUGUAGGCGCGGGGAAACGAUCUCCCCCCACUGUCAACAACUUCGGGAUACACAGGCCGCCGGCACCGCCUGAUGACGAUGAAAUUAUUGAGGUUCCCUACAAGCCUAAAACGCCAGAAAUCAUCGAUCUAGACGAAUACCCGGAAAGCCCACAAUCGGUCAAGAAGAAAAAGCUAGACAUUCUCAAAGAGAGAGGGUUGGAAGUGACAGCCGUCCCCCCCUGGCCUUUACCCCCGCUAGUAUCCCCCGUUCCUCCCCUAAUCACCCCCGCACCCAUGCUCAUAAACCCUGCAAUGCAACACCAAAUAAUGACGCAAGCUUCCCUAUUCCAAAUGUACAACAUAAUCCCUCCUAACUACAACGGCGUCCAACCGCCAAAAGUUAUUCAAGCGACCAGCAUAUUCGGUUCCAGUGGACCGGAGAAAACUGUCUACGGAAACCCUAAGGACCCUUUCAUGCCUCCCCCUCACAUAUUACACGGUACCCCAGUAAAACCCACUAGACAAGUCACUCAAACACCAACACCUCAGGACAUAUUAGAUUUGACAUGCAAAAGCGAUUCACCGAAACCGGCAGUAGAAAUUGUCAGAGUGCCGACCACGCCGAGUCCUUCUAAGACUAGCGCUCAAAAUCUAACCAAAAACUACAAGUUGAUGGACGGAAAAGCAGUCGUAGGUUCCAAUUUGGAGAUUACUCUAGUGAAUAGCCCCAAAGUGACUCCUAGCAAAAAUAGGGCUCCGCAGAAGAGGUCCUCGAAUGGCAAGUUUAUGUCGAGCAAGACACCGACGCCGCCUAAGGAAGCGAGGUCGCUUCCGUCACCUUCUGGACCCAAGAAGAAUCCAAUAGUUGUACCCAAUUAUCAAAUUAAUGCGAGGGAGAACGUGUCUCCUACGAGUUCUACAGGGUCCAGAGACAGCCAAGGCACUCAGCCCAGCUCUCUAUCCAGCAUGUUAGCCGCACAAGGAGGCCUAGCAUUGCUAGGGCUCCAGAAAUCCGCGGGUCUAGCAGACCCUGCCUACAUGAGCGCCUUGUACGGGUUAGGCCACUUGGACCCGAGGCAAUUGGCCGCCUAUAGGGAAGUUUUAGCCAACAAGUUCAUAGGUUAUUCCGGGCUACUAAGUAUGGGGGCAGCCAGUGGACCCCCCACCACUAAGAACUGAUUCUAGUCGCACUCUAAGACCAUGCCAUCAACACCCAGCGACACGACCAAAACUCUUAUCAUCAGCCGCAUAUCUGGAAUUUUGUCGCGAAGUUGUAAAAAAUCGUACAUCUACAAGAAAAUCGCAGUUCUACGUCGCGGUAGUGAGACACGAUUUUGUCGCACGUGUGUUAUUAGCUCUGCGACUUUGUCGCUAGUCUUUGUACUGGAGUGCUUAGUGGUUGGCAGUCAAAUAGGUUGGUUGUGUUUAACUGUACUACAAUGUGAUUUAAAUUGUAAUAAAAUUGGUACUGAAACUUUUAUAUUGCAAAAAGUUAUUUUAUAGGAAACUCGAUAACGAAAAAUGGCUUCACCGAGUAAUUUUCGGAUAGAAAAAUAUGUAUAUAAUAUAUGAAUAGUCUUACAAUGAACGUUUUUUUCGGAAAUUUUAUAUUAUAUUGGCCGAAAAUAGAUCUAAGUACAAACUUGUUUGUGCGUAACAUUACAGAAAAGUUCACUUUUUCAACCGAAAUAUUACCUCACUAUUUUGCACGCAAAUACAAAUGCUGCCAGCCGCUAUGUACACAAUAAAAUCCAAAAAUAGUUCUUAUUGUAAUAAAAUGACUGAUUUACAGAAGACGCUAACGAAAACGUCGCGUUCCAUGUCCGUUUCCAUAUUUUAACUAGUCGUUAUCAGUUAAUUUUUAGACCAAUGUUCUUUCACCAAAAUGAAUUCAAUUUACACUACACUGUUAAUAAAAUUGGUUAGUGUGACAUUGUAAUUAAGGCCGCGUUGUUUCAUCAAUAGGUAAGGAAGAGAGAAGAAGGUUCCAUUUUUUCUAUAUGAUUUAACUAGUGUCAAAUAUUACUAUCGAUAAACAACGCGGCUUAAGUAUCUGUAUUUGAAUUAUACAUAUUGAUCUUUUCGCAAGCAGAUUCUUCUUAAUUUAUUGCUCCAUUUCACUUUCCAAGUUCACAAAACAUACAAUGGCAUUGAUGAUUUGUUAAAACAUCAGCAUAACUGUUGUAUACAUAUGUAUUUGUAAAUUGAUGUGUUAAUAAAAGUUUAAAAUGAGAUGUGGAAAGUCUCAUGGUACAUAUUAAAUUACUUUUAUUAAAGUGAAAAAUUGGUUCAUCAUCAUCAUCAGCCUAGUAAUGUCCCCACUGCUGGGGCACAGGCCUUCCCUAUGGAUGGAAUAGGGAGAUUGGGCCAUGACCCACCACGCGGGCCCAGUGCGGAUUGGUGGGUGCUAACGACUGCAGACGCAGCCGGGACCAACGGCUUAACGUGCCUUCCGAAGCACGGAGGAGCUCGAUAUAGUAUAUUCUUGGUCACCCAUCCAAUGACCGACCACUGCGAAAGUUGCUUAACUUCAAAGAUCGCAGCCAACCGCGCUAACUACUUGCGCCAUCGAGCUCCUCAAAAAAUAAAAAUUGGUUACAUCACCGUAAUAAUGUAUAUGACAGGAUAACAUAAACUAAAACUAAGUAUAAAUAAUUGUAAUAAAAAAUAGUAUGCACGGAGCACACAUCUGUAGUGAAACUUGUUUUCUUAAUCAACCUAACAUUAGGCGGUGCAUAAGGCAUACGGGUAUGGAGCAGCGCACGCAUCACUCAUAUAUAUGUAUACAUAUAUAUAGUCGCGUGUGACGCUUGUAGCGUUUCAGCCUUCGCCGAGUUACCCUCCAACUUUCAUUCUCGUCGGGAAGAGCUGCGCACACACACACACGCACACAAAUAUAUAUAUAUAUAUAUGUAGUCGUGUGACGCUAGUUACGCAUUUCCGUUUCAUCUUUUCCAUAGGAUUUUUCCAUUUACACCCCGCCCGAAAAUAAGUUUCACUCCAUGCAUCAUGGUUUCAUAAACCCACAGCAAUUUUUGUUUAACGAACAGUUUAAGGAAUAUGGUGACCGGACACAGAACGCAUUUUGGCGUCUUAUUCAAAAAGUGAUUGUACACAUCGAAAUUAUAAUUGUUUUAAUAAGCGAAUUCUUUGAAUGUAAAAAAAAAACAAAAAUCGCACAUCUCAAUUAAUCUGUAUCAAGUAGACAGACAGGGAUGGCAGAUGUUUCUAGUUACGUUAACAAUACCAGAUUACAUUUCAUUGAAGACUUUUCGCUUUUAUUAACAAAUGAGGAAUAAGAUAAGACUAGUUGAGCCGUGUUUGGGCCAUAACAUUCAAAUGCCAUUUAACAUUCAAUGGACAGACAAAACAUGGAGUAGUAAAUCUAAAGAAAAGUUUACUAGAAAGAAAUCCUCUCGGGGCUCGAACCCGCACCCUUCGCUAACCGGGCGAAUGCACUGACCAUUAUGCUACCGCGGCCCCGACGGCCGUGUCGAAUUUCCUCUAGCCUUAGGCUGCAAGGCAGCGCCAUCUCUUCGCAUUGUAGGUAACCCACAAUGUCAAAUGAAUACCUUUCCAAGUAUUAAACAUUUGGAAGAAGAAAUAGCAAUUAUAAGGGUUUUUUUUCGAGUAAAUUUUUCUUUAAGAUUUUAACAUCUAGCAGUUAAAUGCUUAAAGAAAUAAAAGCAAAACAUGGAGUCAACUAAUCCAAGUUUAUUCUUCGUUUCUUAAUAAGAAGCAGACCCGUCAUUCCCAGUGGGCACUUUGGGCAAGUGCU